CAAGCCUCCACCAUGUCCAUCGCACACCCUAUGCGACAGCCCCUCCAUCUCGAUAUUUCCGCUUCUGUCUCCUCCCUCUACUCUGAACCCUCUUCCUCACCAGCCUCAACUUCCAUCAGAGCAAGUGUCGGGACAGACAGGACUUCACCAACAGAAAGUUUGGCCGACUUCGUGAUAUGCUCUGUUCUUUGCAUGUUUGACUUUGAGUCCUCUGACGAGGAUCACCUUCAAUUCCGCAAGAACGAAAUCCUCGAUGUCGUCAAACAGGAGGACACUGGCUGGUGGGCUGCGAUGAGAAGGGGUGGAGACCAGAUUGGCUGGAUUCCUCAAGCUUUCGUCAGUCCUCUUACAGAGGAAAUGACGGAGAAGCUCUUGAAUGUCCGCGAAGAGCUCCGGGUCUACGAAUACAGCGCUGAGCAGCUUUACAACGCUGCGCCGACUACCACGAAUAAUAGCUGGUAUGACAUAGACCCAUCUCCUCUCCCCUCUCCGGCGUUUGGCAAUGGAUUACGAAGUCCUGGCUUCCCUCUCUCUCCCGGUCGACUUCCACCGCCUUCGCCAAUCGCUCCGAUGCCCCAGCCCCCAUUACGCACUGCUCCAAUAUAUGACAAACCUACCCCUCCCACUCCGGACAGCAACGGUUUUCCUCCCGACCGCUCAGAAAACGUUUCUGGCGGCCGAGGAAAUCGACGGCAACCCAUACACGUGCAAGACCAUGCUGCAUUAUCGCGCUUGUCGACACUGAUUGAGUCAACCAACAUCCGUGACUCGCCUGGCAGCCCUGACGAAGCCAAGCGGCGUAAAAUUUCCAAUAUCACGGGCCUCAAGGAGAAUGUCCCGUCAUAUCUGCUCCCCACCUACGCAGAUCAACUCAAGGCUGAUGCGGAUGGUGUAGUCAAAGCGGGUUCGCUCGUUGCUCUUGUCGAAAAACUGGCCUCAAUGCCGUUGACGAAAGACCCGAUCAAACUUGCACAUGAUAAAGCCUUCAAGAAUAUUUUCCUCACGACUUUCCGCACAUUUACAACAGCCAAUCAGUUUUUCGAUCUACUGGUAGCUCGGUAUCAAAUGGGCCGACCAGAGGGCCUAACAGACGAGCAAGCCGAAGAGUGGCGCGAGAAGAUGCAAAUGCCAACGCAAAGACGGAUACUUACACUAUUCACGAUGUGGCUCCAAGAUCACCGUUUACUGGAGGAGGAGCCGCAUAUCGCCCAGCGACUAACCGACUUCUUGACUCAAAUCACACAACCCCCGCCGCUUGCACUUACCGCCAAACUGAUCAUCCAUAGUAUCGAAGAUCUAACCUUUGCCAACCCCUCAGAAAUGUCGCCAACGGUACCGCCACGAAAACGACGCAAGUCCAAGAAUCACAAGAACGAACUGUUACGAUUCGACCCAGGCGACAUCGCAGAGCAACUCGCACUGCUUGAGUUCAAGCUGUACGCCAAGCUGACUUCGCAAGAAUGCAUCGCAUACUCCAAAAUUCAAUCGGGUAGUAAAGUCCAGCGGUUAACGACCUUUUGCUCGACACACGACAAGCUUGCUGCGUGGGUCAAAACGAGUAUCCUAACCAAUGAAGCGCUGGGAAAGCGCGCGGAUACGGUUGAUUUCUGGAUCAAGGUUGCGGAGAAAUGUCGCAACCUGAAUAACUUUGCGUCGAUGAGCGCCGUGAUCAACGCGCUUUCGAGCACGGUCAUUAGCCGGUUACAUUUGACCUGGGCCCAUGUCGGCCGAAAAGCGGUCUUGGAGGGCCUCGUCAAAUAUAACGACCCGACAGGCGGAUUUUCCGGUUAUCGCUCCUUACUCGCUGGUGCAGAUGGCCCAACGGUGCCGUUUAUCGGCAUGUAUCUCACAGACAUUGUCCACAUCGCCGACCAGUUUAGCGAUAAGGAGCUUCCAGAGCUCCAAGGCCAGAAGGAAAUAGUGUUCUUGCAGCGUCAGCGGUGGUAUGAGGUUGUCCAGGUGAUGUUGAAGGCGCAACAGAAGCCAUACCUCAUUGCGGAGAGCGAAAGCACGAUGAACUUUAUAUGGGGUCAUUUGAGGAUGGACAGCUUGAAGGACCAGACUUGGUUUUGGGAGAAGAGCCAGGAAGUCCAGCAGUCGGAGUUGGCCCAUGCUGAUAUUCGUAAAGGUCUUGAAGCAGCUGGCUUUUAA